GGACUUGCCAUAACUAUUUGUAAUUAAAUCACUGAACAAUCCAGUUUUUCUUGGUUGAUGAUGUUUGGAAAUCAAAUGGAAAGUUUUAAUUCUUGUGAGUGUUUCGAGAUUUAAAAGUUAAUAGAAGUAAUGUUACAACUGUGAAGGUAAUGUCUAUGACAAAAUUAAUAUUAUCUGUGUACCUUUCAGCGAGAUUGUGAUUUUCCGCCCAAAGCACCUUCACACUAAGCUUGAACCAAGCAAAGCAGUUUAUACCGGAAUACCAGAGGCUUUUACCAUCAAAAAGUUUAUUGAUGCAACUGUUCAUGGACUUGUUGGACACAUGACUCAAGACAACAGUGAUCAGUUCAAGAAGCCUUUAUGUGUUGUCUAUUAUGAUGUUGACUAUAAACUCAAUCCGAAAGGUAAGUUUUCAAACAGAGCAUAGUUCAAGUGUCAAGGCAUGGAAGUGACACUGUUGUUUACACACUGUCAGUUUCUUGGGCUUCCAGACAAAUAUAAUCAUUAUAUGCUAUCAAUGAGGGCUCAGAGUUACUUUGCAUUUGCUCUUUUAUCUGAGCAAUCAAAGCAUUAAGUCCAGUCUAACAUCAUGACAUCAUCAUCAUCAUCAUCAUCAUCUGGGCAGGAGCUGUCUAACAGUCAAAAUAUUUCCACUAGAUUUUCGCAGCAAUAUCAUGAGCUAGUGUUAUGACAUUGUCCCAACAAUGAGAUUGUUUGAUGGUGACUGUGACAAUAAACAUGGUUAAAGGCUGUCUGAGUGUUCAUCUCCUUCAGUUGAUUUAUUGCAAGGUGUUCUAGGGUGUUCCAUCGUAGGGUUUGAAAAUGAAAAAAUACUUGAACUUUAGCUUGUUCAUUAGGCAAGCAGCUCUCAGCUGCUGCUUGUUUGGAACCAUUUAUUGCUUCUUACUUAUUGAUUCAUUUAGAAUGUGAAUUGCCAGGACCUUUGCCAUGUGGCAAGUGAGCUUUAAGUUAGUUGAUUGCCCAGCAAGAAAAUAAGGAUCAUAAUAUAUAUAUGUUUCCAGAAGUGCGUAAACCCCGAUGUCUGUUUCAAUGAGCGAAUAAAUUGUAAACAAUGGUUCUAGCUGCAUUUCACUUAGAUUUCAGAUCAAAGUUCCGCAAUACACAGUAACUAACUACAUACUGGUAACAACUGAUUAAACAUUUACAUAAUCAAAUCGAAAUAAUUGAAAAUCAAAAGGCAAUAAUCGAAAUCAAAUUGAAUCGCAAGGAAUAUGAAUCGUUACACUAGUGAAACAACUGAACAGCAUGGAAAUUUUGAUUUAUUUCAUUUUCAAUCGAAUGUGACCGACCGGUCAGCAUGACCAGCAAGACAAAAGGUUGACCAGUCAACUCCCCAAUCAGUCCGGACAUUGUCCAUUGACUGGUCGUUAUUUCAAGCCCCUUUUCUGGGAAGCUGCCCACGUACCCCUCCCCUAAGCCUACAUUAACACUUACUUCUCACUUUGGGCAAAAUGUUGGCUUAGGAAAAGUGUAGGUGGGCAGUUUCCCAGAAACAUAUAAUGAUCCGAAAAUGUUUUGGUCUCAGAGUACUGAACUCAGCUUUUUUUUAGCUCUACAGAGUUCCUAGGUUUUAAGCAAGCAAUCAAUCAAUGUUUAUUUUUGCUCACUCUUGCUCAAAAAUAUAUUACAAUAAUGAAAAUAUUAGAAGUAGAAAUUAGAGUACUGGCUGCCUGGAAUAACCAUGGGGUUAGCGGAGCCAGGCAGCCAGUUGACAUCAGCAUUAAAUAAAAUCAAAUUACGUGUCAGCAAGAAAACUGAAGCACAAAUGCACACAUAAAAAGAAAAAGAGGAAAACCGCUAUUUCUACGCUAUGAAGGAAGUCUAAAAUAGUUAAACUUAUAAAUGAAUACAAAACAAAAUAAGUGGCCAACAUAUACUUGAGAGCUGUUGCUGAUACUGCCUGGUGAGGCUGUUCUGGUGUAUGGGAACAGAAGUCACCAGCGUCAGAAGAUAUGUGUUAGAACAGGACCCAGGUAUUACUGCUGGCUAUGCUACAGGUGGUUUACGGGAACAAGGCUUACACAUCUUAGUCAUCUCAUUAUUUAUUGGUCAUUUUUGCUAAUUAUAAUUAUGCUAUGUUAUAUAUUCUACCUCUUGUGCAUUGCAGGAACUAAUUACUGGCGAAACCGUGUAAUAAAAGUUGCUAGCGAGUUUAAAGGAAAAGUUCUCAACUUUGCCAUAGCGUCUAAAGGAGAUUUUCCACGAGUUUUGGAAGACAUUGGCUCCAAAAGUGAGGACCAACAUACUGUGCUUAUUACAAGUGAUGAUGAAAGUAAAUAUGUCAUGAAAGAAACUUUCAGGUACAGUAUCCAACAUAAGGGCACUUUUAAUAAAAAUAACAAGCUUUGAGAAUAACAAUAAGCGAUAAUAUGCAUUCAGAACAAACUUGGUCAAGCACAGCGUAGAUAAGACAUCUGAGACACUGCUGUACAGAUUGUGCAGUGAAUCCACCAAUACAGUAAUAUGACAUAUUGUCAGU